GUGAAAGUGUUCAUCUGGGGAUUUCUACUGGGUUUAUGGUUGUCAUAGGAUUAGGAGGUGUAGCGUGAUCUGAGUAUAAAGCCAACCUGUGGUACCCAGACGGGUAAUUGACGGAAAAUGUCGGCAAGGGGUAGCACGACAGAUGAUGUGGCUUGGAACGACUCAGACCACUUACUACGACAGCUGAAUGAUGACAAAGCUCGUCUCUACAUCCCUGUCGUUCUCUACAUCCUCAUCCUUCUUGUAACCGGCGUCAUCGGCAACAGUCUCGUGCUCUACGUCUAUCUAAAACGCUUCAAAAGAACUUCUUCGAACUAUUUCAUCUUAUCCAUGGCCAUGUUCGAUAUGGUGGCAUGUUGUAUCGGUAUGCCCACUGAAAUCUACGACCUCCGCUAUCCCUACAUGUUUUACAGCAACGCUGCCUGCAAACUUUUCCGAUUCUCCGAGUCUGUGCCAAUCAUAGGAUCAGCCCUAAUUUUAGUUGCGGUUGCUUUUGAUCGAUACUUCAAGAUUUGCAGACCAUUGCGUAACACACCAUUGCGUUACAUCAAGAAAAUCUGCAUUGCAAUAGGAAUCUUCGCCUUUCUAACAACGAUUCCUACCAUAUUCGUUUUUGGAUUGAAAGACGUCAAAACCAACUAUACAGACGUCAUAGGCAAAGACUGUAGCACCGAGCAAAAGAAUGGGAAGAGCACUGUGCUGUCUUUUGUGUGGUAUGGUUAUCUGUCAGUGGUCUUUGCUCUUUGUACAUCUACCAUGAUCGGACUUUACGUAAGAAUCUGGCUCGAAAUUAAACGUCGUCAGAGGCAGGUCUUAGGAAAACAAGUCAGUAAAAUUUCCACGGAAGACAGUGGUUUACCCAAGUCACCGACGAACCUGUCUCCCACGCAAAAGCCUGCGUCUGAUGCCAAGAUCGAGCGGGAACAAAUUUCUCGCGUUAAAUAUUUGCCGAGCGUAAGCGUUAGCAGUGAUCCGGACUCUGGCGGAGUGCGCAUGGAGGAGACAAGAGCCAACACACUGGGAAGGCUGGGAAGCAACACAAGUGACGGCAUGGACCCCGAAAAGAAAUCUCUACGGCAGAUAGGAGAAAACGUGAUGACUAAAAUCCGUGCCAGUAAAACGACGGUGAUCCUCUUCGUCGUUACUUUGGCUUUCGUUUUGUCGUACCUGCCUACAUUGAUCGUGACGGUCAUCCGUAGUAAGGACACCAAACAACGCUCGGACACUGUCGAUUUCUUGAUGAAACUGUUUUCGAAGUCUUACUUCAUUAACAAUUCCAUUAACCCGAUCAUCUACAGCUUCUUAAACAUCAACUUCCGGAUGGAAUGUGCUAAGGCUUUGGCGAGACUUUCUUCCUGCUGCUUCUGUUGUUGUCGUUCUGAUUCCAGAAAUGUCAAGUUCGCUACAAAGGGCUGACCUUUCUAUGAAUGACAUCUGAUGUCUUAUUGAGUGACGUGUUCUGUGACAAUCGUGCAAACAAACGGAUCACAAACGAUUACCAGUUAAUAAAGUACAGCUGCACAUGGGAAUAUUGUUUGUUUCCAAUUGAGCUGUAAGAAGGCUCUACAUGUAUGGUUCAGAAAGCACUCUCUGCAGACAGUGUGGCAGUAUCAUAAAUCCUCAGUUCAUGUGUUCCUUUCUCUAAAUCGUUCCCCCAAAAUAUUUGCUACCUCAAACACAUACUAGUGUACACCCGGAUACAUCUUUAUUCGACAAAAGACUAACUGGAACCGUUGUACAGCUUACCAUUAUAAAGUAAAGCGAGGCAUUAUGCUGACGUGUUAUCAAGUAUAUACUUGUAUACUCAGUACAUUGAUGUUGAUUUUCACGCCACCACUACAUAGUACGUGUAAUCUGUUGUAUUCAAGGUCACAAGAAUAGCUUGAGGGCUCGGUUACAUUUUGUUUGCUCAUCAGCCUGUAAACUGGCCAGUCAGACCCCUUCCGCGUUUUUUUUGACGCCAUCACCGUUUGAAGAUGGUCUCUGAAUUUUCCUGAAAUUUUGCUGAUGUGUGGCGUAUGCACAUGCGCGUAUGCCUUUUUGGAGGCAUUCUUUGGAUAAUGUUCUUUCGAUAAUGUUCUAAGUUCUCGCCAUUUGAAGAUGAAAUUUAGAGUUAACAUAAUGACUAUCUCGAGAUUUGCGUAUGCACUAUUUUGAGUUGCAGUGCAUCGAUUGGUUUUGAACAGAUGUCGAAGGGUCAUAACGUUUUCUGCUGCAGUUUUCUGACGACUUUUACCGUUGUCAUCUAGGUAUAAAUGCCAGCCCGGAAAUCUCAUAAUCUUUGUUUUAUAUACUAUGGAGUAUAUUUAUAUGAUAAUUGAUAAUAAAAACAGAAAUGAAUUUUAAGCGCAAAA